AUGGAGAAAGUGAACCAACGCGUCACCAACGCCAACGUGGUCUUGAAGACGCUCCAAACCCCGGAAGGCAUGCUCGCCCAGAUAGAGCUCUUCGUGGGCUUGGUCGCCUUCCUGCUCCUCUUCCUCGCAGGUUGCGGCUCGUUAAGGCGUCGGCACAACAAUCCAAUGCUCCAGGUCGUGCUGUGGGCUGCGUACACUCUCUCAGGCUACUUGAUCACGUACACAUUCGGGCUAAUGCACGAAUCCCCGUUCAGCAAUCCACUGUUUCCUCUGUGGGCGACUUUCUUGAUGAUCUUCCUAGGAAGCUCAAAUUCUUUCUCUGCAUAUAGUCUGGAGGACAAUGAGCAGUGGAAGAAAUAUGCUUGGCAACACAUGGUCAGGUUCGUUGGGUUACUAGUAUUGUGGACAUCCUAUCUGACCACCUUGCCGUUGACACUGGUGGUUUUCUUGCUCUAUUUCAUUGUCAUGCUGCUGAAGGCCAACGAGAGAGCACUAUCGCUCAUGACGGCGAGCGCAAGUGGCCUGCAGAGAACCACAAAAUGGGUCGCAGAUCAUAUGAGCUCCGAGCAUCAGCUAUCGAAUCCGUGCGAAACCGAUCCCGUCACUAUGAAUGGAUACAAGUAUGUAGUGAGAGCGAAACAAACCGGAUUCGAGAAAUCCUUUGGCGAAGUUGCAGGACUGACGCAGAACUCCACAAAGUCUUUGGAGGUCAACGAGGAUGUCAUCACCACCGAAAAGGUGUGGGCGUGCAAAGGGCGGCUUUUGAACUCAAGCGAGGGCGACUUGGAUGGCAAGCUCAAGGACAUUUGUCUCUCGUAUGCGCUCUACCUGCUUCUCCUUCUGAGAUUUUCAGGCUACUCGUUGCCAGAAGAAGCUCAUGAAAAGGCAUGGCUCUUGAUUCGAGAAGGGAUACUUCAGAAAGAAAAUGGGUAUGAGCGAGCAUUUCGAGUCGCUGAGGUCGAGCUUACCUUUCUUCACGAUUUCUUCUACACCAAUUACCCUAUCAUUUUCCAAGCAGGUCGUUUGCAGCUGAAGAUGAUGGAGUUUUCAUGUUUGAUCAUAGGCACUAUGCUAACAGUUAUAUUCAUGGUGCGCAACACCACAAAGCGAGAAGAUGAUGUUGUCCAAUUUGUGACAUCCAAAGGGUUGAGCGUCGACGUUCUCGUGACCACAGUCAUUCUCAUGGUAUUCACAUGUGUUGAGCUUGUCCAGCUCUUCCUGAUGGCUAUCUCCGAAUGGGCGAAAGUUACAUUGCUUUGCAAGUAUGUGCAGAAGGGGUCGUGGCAAGAGAGUAGGCGCAUUGAGAAGCUGAUAGGACAAAUAUGCCGAACGCAUUUGAAGCCCUGGGGAAGAAAUCUUCGCCAAUGCGCGCUUCUUGAAUCAUACCAUUACAGCCCUUCCAGAUUUCUCUACAAUGGCUUUACAAUCGCUUUCCUUGAUGUCGUUAGGAGAGGUCAAAGACAAAGGGCUCCCGUCAGAUUAUCCCCAGAAGUGAAGAAGGCUGUGUUCCGUUCUCUGAGGAACAGAAUCGGGAAAUUGGAGAAUGGACAAGCUUCUUUGAGACUAAACAAUGUGUCGGAUGAGCUCUCUUGGGCGUGCAUGCUCGAGACGCAAACUCAGGUUAUAAUGGUGUGGCAUAUAGCUACGAGUUUUCUUGAGCAUGAGGUGCCGGUUUCGGGUUCGAACUUCCUCGUAGCGACUCACUUGUCCAAAUAUCUUGCUUACUUGGUGGCAUUCGCCCCAAGAUUGUUACCUGGUCACCCUUAUGUCGCAGAGAACGUGUUCGACCAAAUCAUCCUUGAAGCUCGGAAGGUGCUUGUGGGGUGCAAGACGGAUCGAGAAAGAAUGGAACGACUGAAGGAUAUUGCGCAAGCACCAGAAGAGACGGUUAUGAAUUGGGGUGCUGUGUUGGGGAUCCAAUUGCAGAAAGGGAACUCGGAGCGCAUUUGGAAGAUUUUGGCCGAGUUUUGGGCUGAGCUCAUGUUGUACGUGGCUCCAUCAGAUGAUGCAAAAGCGCACGCUGAGCGCUUGGCAAAGGGAGGGGAGUUUGUGACUCACUUGUGGGCUUUGGUCUCUCAUGCUGGGAUAGAGCAAGAACCUUAUAGUAAGCCACGUACCAUUGAUAUAUGUGAUGCAAAUAUGGUAUAA